AUGGAUAAUCAGCUCUUAGAUGCCAUCUGUGAACGCCUUGUGUCGUCGUUGAAUACAAAAGACACAUAUAUGGUCAGGGAGGGUGAUCCAGUGAACGAGAUGCUAUUCAUCAUUAGAGGGCAGCUGGAGAGCUCCACAACCGACGGUGGAAGAUCAGGAUUCUUCAACUCUAUUACCCUCAGAGCCGGCGAUUUUUGUGGGGAAGAGUUGCUGACAUGGGCUCUAAUGCCCACCUCAAGCCUCAACCUUCCAUCAUCAACUCGAACAGUGAAGUCCAUUACUGAAGUUGAGGCAUUUGCUCUUCGAGCUGAAGACCUAAAGUUUGUUGCCAGCCAGUUCAAGCGCCUGCAUAGCAAGAAACUCCAGCAUGCUUUCAGGUACUACUCCCACCAGUGGAGAACAUGGGGAGCUUGCUUUAUACAAGUUGCAUGGAGACGGUGCAUGAAAAGAAAGAAGGAAAUGGAGUUGGCAAGACAAGAGGACUUCUUUUAUACACAUAUUUUGGAACAAGACUUUAACUAUAGGGAUGGAUCAGGCGCAGAUUAUGUGGAUAUUAGUGGUGCUGAAAGAUUGUCAUCAGUUGACAAUGCACAUAAUGCUCAGAACUUGGGAGCUACAAUUUUGGCUUCAAAAUUUGCUACAAACACCAGAAGAGGGGUUCAACACAAGUCUGAUGCAACCAGCUUGCAGAUGCCCAAGCUGUUUAAGCCAGAGGAACCUGAUUUCUCAUCAGACACUGAAGAUAGUUGA